AUGUCUGAGGAACAAUUCAAAUCUCGCUUGAUGGAUUUGAAGUACCUGAGAAAAAAUGAAAGUGUUCGAUUGGCAAAGGAGAUAGUCACUGAUGAAGAGAUUCCAGAAAGUUUUGAUGCUCGAGAAAAGUGGCCAGAGUGUGACUCUAUCAAACUUAUCCGCGACCAAGCCAACUGCGUAGCAACCAGCAACCGUUUGUUGCAGGAUCUUGCUGGGCUGUUUCUGCGGCUUCGGCGAUGUCUGACAGAAUGUGCAUCCAAUCAAAAAAUGCGAAACAGACGCUCAUCUCUGAUGCUGAUAUCCUUUCAUGCUGUGGUGAAUACUGCGGCGGUUUUACUCAUGAGCUCAUUUGGUACGAUGCCGAUAGAUGAAGCUGUAGCAAGCAUGAGUAAUCAUAUAAAAUUCGAAAUCGAAGAGGUCUUCUGA